AUGGUAAACGGGUGCCGGGGUCCUCCGCCAGUUAGCCCCAAUAGCAUAGCUGGUACUGGACUUCAGGAGUGUGGUGCAGGCCUGGGCUCACGUGCGGCGGCAGCGGCGGGCGUAGGCGAGAGCAGACGGGCAGGUGGCUUCUCCCUCCUGGCUGAAUCGCUGAGACAGCAGAUGGAGAGAGCGUGUGACCCUGGGGUGACAGGCCAGGUGGGAGUCGUGUCCCCAUUGAAUCACCUGAAACCUCAGGUCGGCUGGGACAUAGAGACGGUUGGAGGGGCAAGUGCUGGGGCCUGGCUGGUCCCUGAUGGCCUCUCGAACCUGCUCCUCGAUGUCCCAGGUGACAGAGUGGCAAUUGAACCUGGAGUUCCUCGAGAAAUGGAUGAGUUUCUCAAGUCCGGCCGAUACAACAUAUCCCCCACUAUGUUCUGCUGUGGCAUACCACCUGAUGACGGGAACCUCUGCAGAUACUACAAACAUAACGCCAACUUCUGCUACAAACUUCCUGAUAACUUGAGUUAUGAGGAAGGGGCUCUGGUUGAGCCGCUCUCAGUGGGGAUUCAGGCAUGCAGGAGAGCUGGCGUUACUCUGGGCAGCUCUGUGUUCAUCUGUGGAGCAGGACCGAUCGGACUGGUCACUCUGUUGGUAGCUAAAGCCAUGGGAGCCUCUCAAGUGCUUAUAAGUGACCUUUCUGCUGAUCGGUUAGCCAAGGCUAAAGAAUUAGGAGCUGACUUUAUUCUUCCUGUUAAGAGGGACGAUAUACCACAGGAAAUGGCUAAACGUGUGGAUGGCAUGUUGGGAAACAUGCCUCACAUCACCAUAGAGUGUACUGGUGCUGAAAGCAGCAUCCAAACAGCAAUCUAUGCGACGUGCUCUGGAGGUGUAGUUGCUUUGGUUGGACUUGGUGCUAAAGUGAACACAGUGCCUCUCGUUACUGCUGCUAUCAGAGAAGUGGACAUCCGAGGUGUGUUCCGGUACUGCAACACGUGGCCUAUGGCUAUUUCUAUGCUGGCUUCUAACCGUGUGAAUGUAAAGCCACUGGUGUCACACCGCUUUCCACUGGAGCAAGCUAUGCAAGCAUUUGAGACAAAUAGGCAGGGCACUGGGAUCAAAAUCAUGCUGAAAUGUGACAAGAAUGACCAGAACCCAUGA